AUGAGCAUCUCAGUUAGUUUGUCACAACAAGAAUCAAAUCGCCCACAAGAGGGCUCGAGACAGGAGUUAUUGAACUCGAAGGUAAAAGAAAAGAUUAUAUCACAAGACCUUAUUAAGAUCACAUCAUCUCAACUUGCUUCGCUUGCUACAAUCAUCAACGAAAGUAACUUUGACAGUACAUUUGAUCAAAUUCAUAAGAUUUGCAACUCAUCUGUUCCAGAAGUUUAUUAUCGUUAUAUCACCAGAUUAUUACUGACAAGUUCUACUUUGGUUGAAACUAAUACCAUUACAAACCAAUUCGUGGAAAAACUCAUUGCCAAAGAAUUGAAAUAUUUAGUUGAAAAUCCACAGUACAUUGAUAGAUUUUCAAAUAUUGUUUCAAGAACUGACUCUGUCUUACUCAAACAAUUCACUUUAAAAGAACUCUUUGAUCAUUUCAAGCUAGACGAAUUUGAACAAGUUUCACUCUCACUAAGUUUAGAGAACUCUCAGGAUCUAAAAGCUCAAGUUAAAUCCAUUUUAGAAGAAAAUUUAUCAAGUUCAAUUAAUCUAUUAAAGACAAAGAAUACAAAUCAAACUUUAGUUUUUUUCACAAGUUUUUUUGGCUCUCAAUUACCUAGCGUAUAUCAAAAACUUUUAACAUUCUCAAGUUUAUUAGAAUUUCUUGCACAGGCGUCAAGUGAAUAUCCAGGUUUAGAGUUGGCAAUUUCCAAGUUCUUCAAGUCACUAUCCGAAAUGAAAUUUCAAGAAAUUUUAGCUACAUUGAUGCCAGAGCAUAUUGUCCCUGAAAGAUUAUUAAAUGAUCUAUUGUCAAUUCAAUCACAAGAAGACUUAGAUGACGCACUUGCAUUAUUAUUGUCAGAAAUUUUGUAUCCAGGAUCACAAAACUUGGCAAAUACACCAGGUCUGACUGCUCUUACUCCUCAAAAUGUUCCUGAAGCUUCUGCAAAGGGGUCUCAGUUUGGAUCCAUCAUUAGAAAAUUGCCAAAACAACCAACUUGGAACGUUAUCUUUAGCAAGAUGUUGUCGAGGUUAGUCAAUCCUGUCAUUACUCAGGAGUCAUUGAGUGAACUUUUAUCGGCCUUCGAUGAUAGCACCAUUGAUGCUUUUUUGGAAUAUCAAUGGCCAAAUGAUUUCAAAAUUAAUUUGUACAUUUCACUAAGACAAUUGAACCCAUCUUUAGGAGCAUUUGAUUUAUUAAGAACAAACUAUUUGAAGCCAAUUGUCAGUGAUUUAUCUUAUCCAAAUUUGAAAAAUUCUGUUCUUUACUAUUACAAUGUUACCAAGUUAGAACUUGAUUGUAUUUCAAAUUCAGGUGCUAUUGAAAAUAUUGAGCACAAAAGAUUUUUGCAUCAAAUAUUUGAGGAAGAUAUUAGAACCGCCCCAGAAUUGAUUGCACUUGGUUGUUUACAAUAUUCACCACCAUCACCUACUAUUGAUGAUUUGCUAGAAAACUUGGUUGUGCAUUUAUUAGAUGGUAGUUCCUCAUAUUAUCCAUUGAUUUUGAAAACUCUUGAUCAAAAGGAUCAAUUGCUGAAAAUAGUUGGUAAAUUGAUUACCAAUAAGGUCUCCAUAAAUGAUCAAAUCAUGGCAUACUUGGUUUCCAGUGACCUUAUCAGCGGUUACUUGGAAUCGGUUGAUCUUGCAAAUGGUUUAGAUCUUGCUGUUUUGUCUGUUAAGGCUGGCUGGGAAGGAUUCUCCAGUUAUUUGUUCAAGAAGAAAAGAGACACAUCUUUCAAUGAUGUUUUAUUAAGUUAUUUACGUGUCCAGUCCUCGAUUGAUGAAUCCAAAACCAAUAAUCAAAAAACAACGAGCUUGAAAGCCAUUUUUACAUUGCUGGAAACUGUUGCUAAACAGGAUUUAAGUGAAACACAAUUUCAAGAAUUUCAAUCAAUACAAUCUCAAACUUUACAAGCAUUCCCGCGUUUAAUUAAUUUUGGAUUCGGACAUGAUGAUGUUAUUUUGGCUAAUGGUGAUGUUAAUACCUUCCCAUUUGAUGUUGAACAACAAAUGAAAGUAUUUUAUCAAAGAAUGUACAACCAUGAGAUUGAUAUCAAAGAUGUGAUCACAAUGUUGUCGGAACUUAGAGAAAGUAAUGUUCCUAGAGAUCAAGAUGUGUUUGCUUGUAUGAUUCAUUCAUUAUUGGAUGAAUAUAGAUUUUUCCCUGAGUACCCAUUAAAUGCUUUAGCUAUCACGUCUGUCUUGUUUGGUUCAAUGAUUUAUUUCCAGUUGAUAAGAGGAACAGCUUUAACAAUUGCCUUGAGAUAUAUUUUAGAUUCUUGCAAUCAAUCACCAGACUCUAAUAUGUUCAAAUUUGCUGUUCAAGCUCUUUAUGCAUUCAGGCAAAGAUUACAAGAAUUUCCAAAUUAUUGUUCAGCUUUAUCCGAGGUUGAUAGUUUAAAAUCACAACCCCAAAUUUAUCAAAUUAUCAUAAAUGCUGUUAAUAAUAAAUCGUCUGGUGGUGAUGUGCCAUUGAAUCAAACACAGAAGCAUCAACAAAUAUUUGCAUCAAACACCACGGCGGCAGCUGGUGGAUCUGAAGCAAAACCACAAAUUUUCAAGUCUAUUACCGCACAGGUUCUGUUUCCUAACAACAUUACUCAAGAACAACCAAGACAAGAAGUUUCACAGCGUAUUUUGUUUUUGGUUAACAACAUGUCAGAUGAGAACCUGUUGUCUAAAGCUAAAGAAAUACAAGCACUUUUAAGUCCUUCAAUUUUCCAUUGGUUUGCUACAUAUCUUGUUGGACAGAGAGCUAAAACAGAACCAAACAACCAUGUCCUGUAUGGCUCACUUGUUGAUGUUAUAUCAAACGAUUUGUUUGUUGAGUAUGUUACUAGUGUGACGUUGGAAGAAGUGAGCGAUUUGUUGAAUGAUUCUGAAGAGACACCAAGUGAACGGUCAUAUUUAAAAAAUUUGGGUAGCUGGUUAGGUAGAAUUACUUUGGGAAGAAAUAGACCAUUGAAGCAUAGAAAUUUGUCUUUAAAAGAUCUUUUACUAGAGGCUAGUGAAGCAUCAAAAUUAGCUCUUGUGAUCCCAUUUGUCUGUAAAAUUUUAGAUCAAACAAAAGGUUCUGAGGUUUUUGAACACCCUAAUCCAUGGACAAUUGGAGUGUUGAGGGUUUUGGCUGAACUUUAUGAGUAUGCUAGUUUGAAAUUAAAUUUGAGGUUCGAAAUUGAAGUUUUGUGCAAUAGUUUAAAGAUUGAUUUGAAAGAUCUAGAGCCAACACUAUUUAUAAGAACUCAUGGUUUACCAGAUCCAAAGGCUACUUUGAGUGAUGGUGUUGUUAAUAUGAAUUUGAAUGAUACCACUGCCCCUGGCUUGCCACAAUUUACACAACCAACAAAUUUACCAGAUGCUCAACAACAGGUUCCUACUCGUGAUCCUGCUUCUUUGAUGAAUCAACCACAAGUUCAACAACAACAACAACAACAACAGAUAAUUCCCCCACAACUUGGUCCACAGGUUGCACAACCACAGCAACAAAUCAAUGAAGCUUUGUUCCAGCACUUGUUGGGUUCCACAUCUUUUGUCACACAUCCAAACUUGAAACGUUUGUUUAUCAUGGCUUUAACAAAAUCAAUUCGUGAAAUCCUACCACCAGCUGUCGAAAGGGCUGUUAGCAUUGCUGUUACUACUGCUAGAUCUUUGAUUUUGAAAGAUUUCGCCACUGAAGUUGAUGAACUAAAACUUCGUUCUGCCGCUUACACUUUAGUUCGCCGUUUGGCAGAAGGUUUAGCUUUGGCAACCUGUCGUGAUCCUUUGAAGGAGAAUAUCCAGACAACAGUUCAAUCAUUUGCUCCUCAAUUAUUAAAUGUCGAAAACUCCCCUUUUGAAGAGCUUCCUCAAGCUAUCAAUGAUAAUAUUGAUCUUGCCUGCAGUUUUGUUGAAAAUGCUGCUAUGGAUAAGGCUGUGAAGGAAAUUGAUGAGGUUUUGGUCGCAUCUAUUGCUGCUCGUCGCCAACAUCAAGAGAGAAGGACUGAUCAGCCAUUUUACUCUCAAUAUCUAUCAAGAUACUCAGUUCAAUUGCCUGAACCAUUGGGGUUGAAACCAACUGGUGUCACACCUCGUCAAUAUCAAGUUUAUGAUGCUUUUGGAAAACAUGAAUUAACUUCACCAAAUGCAGUUACAACACAAGUUAUCCAACCACAACUAGAAGCACAGGCAUUGGCUCCAACUUCAAGUGUCAAUAAUGUUAAUCAACAGCAGCAAUCACAACAGCCAAUUACAAUUGAACAAACAUUCGCAUAUUUACAAUCACUAGUUGAUAGUCUCUUAAAAGCUAUUGCAGAUGUCGAAGGUACAAAACUGGAUGACAUACCUUCUGAUUCACCAAUCAGAUUAAUAAUCACACAAAUCUUUAGUCUCACUGCAAGAAAUUUAGCUGGAGAAUCUUUAAUGUUGAAAAUCGCACAAUUUAUUGUUAACGCUCUUUUCACUACAUCCGAAUCAGAUUUGUCAGUUGAGGUAUUUGUGUUUUUGUUAGAAAAGAUCUGUACAAUUUCAGUUUCAACAAGAAAAGAUGUUUGCUGGUGGUUAAUUCAUGCUUCUGAUGAAAGAAAAUUCAAUAGUAAGGUGAUGUUCACUUUAUUGAAAGCUGGUUUAAUCAGUGCAUCUGAUUUAGAUAGACCAUUAUCCAAAUCAAUCACCAAGGAAAAUAAAAAUUCUAUUGAUUUUGCCAUUAAAUUGAUUAAAGAGAGUGUUUCUUCUGAAAACUCUGUUGCAUUCAGAUCUGAUUUUGCAUUAACCGUUGAUGUUUUAAGAGAUAUUAAAGAUAAUGAGAAUAUUGUGGAAUUUUUGAACUUUUUAGAGAAAGAACCAACUUCUCUAGUUAAUAAUGAAGUUUCAGAAUCUGAUAGAAUGGGUUAUGUUUUCACGGAAUGGGUUCGUUUGUUGCAACAUGAGCCUAAAAAUGAGAAGCUUCAUAUUGUUUUUAUUCAUCAAAUGGUGAAGAGUGGUAUACUAAAUAAACCUGAAAGUAUGACAUUGUUUUUCAGAAAUGCCGUUGAGAUUUCUGUUGCAUUUUUCAAAGAAAGUGACCCAGUUAGUGAUGUUUUUCUUUCAACUGAUGCCUUGUCCAAACUUAUUGUUAAACUUUUAAUUUUGCAACAAGAGAGUGAAAUUUCCCGUUCAAACUAUUUCAAGUUAAUUUUAUCAAUCAUAUCAUUAGUUUUCGCAAAUGAUCAUGAGAAUUCACAAUCGGAAUUUAAUGAAAGACCUUAUUUCAGAAUUUUUUCAACAUUAUUAUCAGAAUGGUCAAUUGUUGCUACUGAUUCACAUGAUCUUGAUGAUUUCAAUACAUCAUUUUAUUUAAUUUUGGCUGAUUUUUUCAAUGCUUAUCAACCUCUUGCAUUCCCAGGUUUUGCAUUUGCAUGGGUCACAUUGAUAUCUCAUAGAAUGUUCUUGCCAAAUAUCAUUGAAUCAAAUCAUCCAAAGGCUCAAGGUAAAUUUGUAUUAUUAUUGUUGGACUUGCUAAGAUUUGAAACAAAAUAUAUCAAAUCAAAAGAUAUGCCAGAAGUCAUCUCGGUCAUUUACAAAGGUACAUUACGUAUCUUUUUACUGCUUCUUCAUGAUUAUCCAGAGAUUCUUGUUCAGCAUCAUUAUCAAUUGUGCUGUGAAAUUCCUCAAUCGUUUGUUCAGUUAAGAAAUAUUGUUUUGUCAGCUUUCCCAAAAAGCAUAUCAAUGCCUGAUCCAUUUACACAAGGCUUGAAGGUUGAUCGUCUGCCGGAAAUUACUGAAGCUCCUGUCAUAUCUUACAAUCCUUCUAAUGAUUUGAGAUCAUUGAAGAAACCAGUAGAUGGUUAUUUAAGAAUUCCAUCUAAUAUGCUUUUGAAAACAAUAAUUAAUGGUAUCAAGCAAACACCUGUUGAAGAAGCAGGUAUUGGUUAUUCAAAAUCUAACUUCAAUGUUAAAGCUAUCAAUGCGAUAGUUUUGUAUGUUGGAAUACAAGCUGUUAACGAUCGUCAACCAAAUGGACAAACAUUCAACCCAAAAUCUUCACAUUUUGCAUUAUUGUCGGGAUUAAUGCAAGAAGGCACUGUUGAAUUCCAGUAUCACUUGAUUGAAGCUAUUUGUAACCAAUUGAGAUAUCCAAAUUCCCAUACUCAAUGGUUUAGUUAUAUCAUUUUACAUUUCUUUGGUGCUCAAUCAUUAUGGAACGGUAAGAAAUCACAGGUUCAACAAAUCAUCACCAGAGUUUUAUUGGAAAGAGUUAUAUGUAACAGACCUCAUCCUUGGGGUUUAUUAAUUACAUUUACAGAGUUGUUGAAAAACACAGAAUUGGCAUUUUUUGACUUGGAUUUUACAAAAUCUGCCCCUGAGCUUGAAAAUAUUUUCGGAUCAUUAUUACGUCACAUUGGUUCCAAUUCCAAGAAGCCACCAAAUACCGCUUUUAGACAACAAAGACUAAAAUCAUGGCAACCCAUACUUUCACCAAGAUCAGUUCUACCUUUAUUAUUCCUAAUAGCCAUCAUUUUCACUCCUUUAGGAAUUGCGUUGAUAUAUACUACAUUUAAUGUUCAACAAUUAGUUGUGGAGUACAGUAAAUGCAGUGAAUUAGCUAAUACAUCAGAUUUUGGUCAAGUCCCAUCUCAAUACGUUUCAAAGCAUUUCCAAUCUUAUGAUUCAAAAGAUUAUAAUCCACCGCAAUGGAAAUUGACUCAGAAUGAUGAUGAUUUAACUUGUCAAAUUAAAUUCUCAAUCCCACAUGAAAUAAAAGCACCAGUGUUUUUAUAUUAUAAAUUAACCAAAUUUUAUCAAAACCAUAGAGAAUAUGUUGAAUCUUAUGAUUUAAAACAACUAAAGGGUGAAGCAGUUAGUGCAGAUGAUCUAGAUAGUGAUUGUAAACCUUUAAAAACAAACUCUGAAGGUAAACCAUAUUAUCCAUGUGGGUUAAUUGCAAAUUCAUUUUUUAAUGAUACAUUUCAAUCACCAUAUAAGUCAGAUGAUGAAAGUUCAGUUUAUGAUAUGACUGAUAAAAAAAUUUCUUGGAGUGCAGACAGAUCAAAGUAUAAGAAAACAAAAUAUGACCCAUCAGAUAUUGUACCACCACCAAAUUGGGCUAAAAGAUAUCCAGACGGUUAUACUAGUGAGAACUUACCAGAUUUAUCACAAUGGGAAGCAUUACAAGUCUGGAUGAGAACUGCAGGAUUACCAAGCUUUAUGAAGUUGGCUUUAAGAAAUGAUUCACAAACUUUGGAAAAGGGUGAUUACGUUAUAAAUAUUGGAUUAAAUUUCCCAGUGUCCAUGUUUGGAGGUACCAAAUCUAUGGUUUUAACAUCUAGCAGCGUUGUCGGUGGUAGAAAUUUAAGUCUUGGUAUUGCGUAUCUCGUUGUUGCAGCUUUAUCUGUGUUUUUUGGAAUAAUAUUUUUGAUUAAGUAUAUUAUUCAACCAAGAAAAUUGGGAGAUCAUUCAUAUUUGACGUUUGACCAACAAGACAAGAAUGAACAACGUACAACUACUGGGUCUAGAUCAAACUUGGAACCCCAGGACUCCAGAGAUGAACCAAGAAAUGUUCGUGAGAUUCUUUGA